AUGGAUGGAUCAAUAAGAGGAGCACUGGAAGGUCUUCAAAACCCCGGUGUUCCCAUUGUUUCUGAUGAGAACCUUGUCGAUUUAGAAUCCACUACUACUGUACAUAGUGUACAUAAAUACUUAAUGGAAAAGACAAUGAGAAGCAAAACCCGGGACUAUGUUAGUGUUCAGAAUGGUGAUUGUUUGUCAAAAAUGCCGACCGCAACUGCUGAGCAACUCAAUAUUGCCAAAAUUCUUUCAAAACCUGGAGACGAAGUUGAUUUGCGGAAAUAUGUGGUUCAGGAUUCUGAUUUUAUCUGCGUGGACGCUCCAUCUCAGGUUGAAAGCGACCAUAUGGAUAACGAUAAAACUAUCUUAUCAAUCCAGAACGACUUACAACGAAAAGACGACUCUGGUUCUGCUUCGACAGAAGUAGCAAAGAGCGAGGCACUCGAAUCUGUCCCUAGGAAAAGAGAUAACAGACGAAGGAGUUCAGCGGGUGCUCAGAAAUCAGGAGGCAGUUUCGAUGGUGUUAUUCGGCGGACGGAGGCCUCGGAGAGUAAAUCUUCCCGACCACCAUUUGCUGAUGUUUCGGAACCUAAACCUCGUUCGAGGUUCCCAGUAUCUGAUGCUUGGGAUCCCUAUACCGAAUAUGGGGAAUGGGGUGGCGAAGCCAUCGAGGUGAUAAAUUCCAACGCUUCGAUUUCCCGUGGUUUGCAAGAGGAGGUCGUUCUACCUGACGAACUACUGGUGGAUACGGAUACACAUGAUAUAAAGUAUGUCCCUAUUUCAAACCCAACUCUUCUCACUAGGGCACCACUGGAGCAACCGGCUGAAAGUGACACACACUCUGUCAAUGAUGGAUUAUCCCCAAAGAGCAUCAGCUUCGGUGAUCCUGACUCUAUUUUCGUCACGAAAGCAUUGAGCAAGACUCCGCCACCUGCAUUCACUAAUUUACCGGACGCGCCAGUGUUCAUCGUUCCAGAGGUUUUACCAAAAUCCAUUUCCAAAUGGGCUUUCAAAUUCUGUGGGGAGUCGUGCUCAUCCUUUAAGAGCAUAUUGACGCCGAGCCUUUCUACCAAUCCCUUGUCGCCUAAGGAAAACGUACAUAGAACCACACAGCGUGCCUCAACUUGUACCCCGAAAGCUAGGACAGAAAUUGAACCUCAGGACUACUGUCAGUUUGUUCCUUCGCCGUCACCUUCGAAGUCAAAGACGACCAACUUCGAUGUAAGUAAGCAGGGAGAAGCUCGAAGUUUACUAGAAAAUCCCACAACCUCAGGCACAAAAGCGGAAAUGGUCCCCACAACUUAUCCUACUAAUCACUUUCAGAAUGUCAAUGUUGCUCCCAAAGUGUCAGGCACUUUUUCUGCUCCUCAAAAGCAACCGCCCACAGCAAACUUCGGUUCCGAUGGGACAGGUGGCCAAUCUAAUUUUCUUGAGUCGUCUUUAAAGAGCUACAUUCUGGACAACUUACCUAGUGAAAUGAACAAAUUGUCUGUCAGCGAGCCGGCACAAACAACGAAGGUUUCACAAUACAGUUUACAGACAUCCGUCCCCCAAGCCUCCAGCAGUUCUUCGUUUUCCCACAACCAAGGCGGUACGGCUAGCUCCAUGCCCCACUCAGUGAACAAAGUGCAGCUCCCCCAUAUAUCUAAUCAUGCGUCGAUUCAUGCGACCCAGCAACCAACUGCUUCUAGCGCUUCCCAAGCUCACCAACAAACGGCUCCAGUGCCACCUGGCUUGCCUCAUUUUAUUGGUCAGUUUGCCCCUCCAGCUUAUAUGUUCAAUCUAUCCGGUGGUUCCGGCAACGCUCCGACUAUUUUCGACCUAGACCAGUUUCAACUACUACAACAACAGCAGCGUAUGCUCUAUGAUAUGCAUUUACAGCACCAGGCUGCGACCACUGCUCAGAGUCAUCUCACUUCUACUGCGGACGCUCCGACUUCGAGCAAGUCAAUGACCCAUUCUCUCCCCGGAACAAUGGGCCAUGUCACUGCCGCCAAUGCGGGCAUUCGGCCUGAUAUGUUAACAUCUGCCAUGGGGCAUGCCCCUCAAAUGAUGCCUACUGGCCAUUCUUAUUUCCCCUAUCCCGGCUUCGUUUUGAUGAAUGGCUACCCCAAUGCUUUCUUGAACCAACAACAACAACAAUCUGGUCAAGAUUCUGGUCCGGGUCAAGGUGGUGCUGGGCACGGUAGUUCGCCCAUAACUCAACAUCAGCCGCAGCCAAAUAGUUCAGCUCAAUCCUACAGCGGUAUGAAGUCUGUGAACUCCGGUUAUGACGACUUAUUUGAUAUGAAAUAUGGUGACCCUGCUAAGCAAGUGGGAUUUAAAAAUACUGGGAAUCCAAAUUACGGAUCGUUCCAGGGGCAAAUACCUUCGACUGAAGUUGUCGGAUCCAAGUUAUCUUCAAGUGCUCAUUCGACUAGUGGCGUCCUCACGCAAGGUUUCAACGCUAGUUCUGGAGCAGGUCAACCAUUUUCUCCACAGUUCUACCCUUCAGCACCCUACAUAACUGCUGCUGUUGCAGUUGCUGCAGCUGCUGCUGCCUCUGCUCAACAACAACACCAGGCGGCUCAUGCCGGAGGCCCUGUUGCUGGAAGUGCGAACCAAUCGAAUGCAGGUGCCCCUUCCGUUAACAGUUCUGGCACCCAAGUUGGUAGUGGUACUGGUGCUUCGAAUGCCUUGCACGCUUCGAACGGGGCUAAUCAAGCGAUGAUUCUGGGUCCUUCUGGUUCAAACUUGCAUGCUCAUCAUCACCAGCGUUCGGUAAUGCCUCAGCAGUACUAACUUUUGCAAUGCGCCAGUUUCCCGGGCUUCUUCGGUGGACCAAAAUUUGUGAUGAUGUGUUUCGAUGUCACGAAGAGUUUUGUUGUUAAACGUUUUGUUGGAGCUAAUCAGUUGUGAUGCGGAAGCACAGGUAGUCAAAAUCCUGUUCAAUCCGAAUGCGAAUCAUUCAUUGAACGUUGUCACACUUCACCCAUUUUCUUCCUUUCACCGCCCACGCUCUUCACAUCAAUACACAAAUACACAGUGUCCUAGCUUUGGUUUAGUGUGGAAAACUGUAGAAUUGUGUUCAUCUUACUGGUGUCGUGUACAUACUGACUGCGUAGAAUCUACUCAAUGGCCUUCAUUCUGUUCGUCCUUCCCAGGUGCUCUUUUCAUGUGAUUGCCGAUGUAAAUCUCAUUUGUCUCAGCUAGUUUUCACUGCUUAACGAGACCACGAACAACCCGGCUGCGCGUUUUCUGAUGGUUUCGCUUUUUAUAUUCAUUCCUAUGGCCGUUAAGUCUUGAAUUCCAUAUGGCGGAUACAUAGCAGAUGAACACAGGUCGGAAAAUAU